AUGCCUUCGUCGUCGGUUUUGCCCCAGAAAAGAGCCUCUGAAAUAGCCUCGUCUGCUGGAAAGCGCCAGAUUAGCAUCAAGCAGACGCCUGAGGAGGAGGCCAGAGCAAAAGAUUACUUUCAGUCGCAUGUUUUCGAUGAUCAUUUCAAACAAGACCUCAAAAAGCAGAUCGCAGAUUCGCAGCCGUAUCGAUGGGGGACAAUCCAAAACUUGAUCGACGAUGAUCUUUUGCGUAACGUGCGCAAGGAAAUCAUUUCUGAGAUCAGUUUCAAGAAGAAAGAAACAGAUAUCUACAAAGUGUUCCAAAGCGGUGAUCUCGCCAAUCUUUCGGGUAUGACCAAGCAGGACCUGGAGCGGCUGCCAAGCCUCUACAAGCUGCGGUCUGCCAUUUACUCUCAGACUUUUCGUGACUACGUGUCUUACGUGACGGGCUGCGGGAAGCUCAGUGGAGUGAAGACCGAUAUGAGCAUCAAUACGUACUCAAAGGGCUGUCAUUUGCUCACGCACGAUGAUGUGAUUGGCUCCCGAAGGGUCAGUUUCAUCCUGUACAUGCCAGAACCGGGAAAAACAUGGAAACCCCAUUAUGGUGGCUCAUUAAGACUGUUUGACUCUGUCGUUCCCAACGUGCCUAGAUCAGACUACUACUGCAAGCUGACACCGCAAUUUAACCAAAUAGCAUUUUUCACUGUACAGCCGGGGCUCUCUUUUCAUGAUGUCGAGGAAGUGCGCGUUGACAAGCAGCGACUCUCCAUCCAGGGCUGGUUCCAUAUUCCGCAGGCCGGCGAGGACGGGUAUAUUCCUGGAGAGCAGGAACGCACCGAGGCCAAGUCGACGCUUCAGCAGCUUGAAUCGAAGGAGCUCAAGGAGUACGAUUUUCCGAAAAUACAGUACAACGAGCUGCCUCCGUUGGAAACGCAGGAAUUGGGCACUCUAGUUGGAAAAGAGUCGGAUUAUCUGUCAUCCUUGGACCUUGAGUAUUUGCAAAAAUACAUGAAUCCAUCGCUGUUGACCGCUGGCUCGAUUGAGCGUCUUAACAAUAUUUUUGCCGAGGAGUCGGUGGUGGACGUGCAUACGUUCCUGAGCGAGGAAUAUUUGGGCGACCUGAAAAAACAGAUGAAACAGCUCGAGCUGAACGAAUACCCAGAAAUGCCCCAGAAACAAGAUCAGGUCGUCUUUCCAUGGAAACUUGCCGUGCCUCCGCACAAGCAGAGAUACUGCUAUAUCGACGGGUUGCAGAAACAAAAUAUUGAUAACGCACAGAGCAUAGCACAGAUAAACCAGGUGAAGUCUAUAGAGCUGCCGAAUUUCGAGCUCACGAAAAACAUAUUUGAGCUUCUAAAGCCUGAAGUGGCUCAACGGCUUGAAGAGGCACGUGGAAGCAACCCAUCGUUAACGAGCAUUCACGACGUUUCCAUACGGCUGUGCGAAUUGGCAUCCUUUUUCAAGAGUGUGAGCUUUAAAAAAUGGCUAAUGGCCGUGACAGGACUGCGCCCUACUCACGACCAGAUCCUUGCGCGCCGGUUCCGUCCUGGCCACGAUUUUACGCUGGCUUCCAAAUUGGACCUGGCUACCGACGAUAGACUUCUGGACGGCCUUUUGGAGGCUACCUUGAACCUAACUCCAUCUUCUGGCUGGGAAAGCGGUGAAUUUGGCGGCUAUGAGCUCUGUAUGGGUACAGACGAGCCAGAGGCUGAGGAGACUGCCGAGGAAGGCCUGAACGAAGACGAGGCUGCCAUUUACAAAGCGUCAGGGGAAGAUUCUGUUGUUUACGAGUCGCAGGCCUGCUGGAACAAGUUGAGCCUGAUGUAUAGAGACUCGUCUGUGCUGAAGUUUGUAAAGUACGUGAGUUUCAACGCUCCAGGUUCCAGAUGGGACGUGAGUUGCGGAUGGCUUUGUGCUAAGGACGAGUCUGAGGAGUCCGGGUAA